AUGGAGGAACUGGCAGUGCUUUUCACGGCAGUCGUUUCUUCGCAGCUGGCCUUGGAUAGCUGGUUGGUUUUUGAUUUUGUGAGGUCCGGAGGAGAUUACAAGCUGAUUUUCUCAAUCGUCCACACCAUUUCUGCACCUGCUGCUGGCCUCUUGGCCCGCCAUGUGCCGCGGAAUAUGCUCAUUUUGGUCGCUUCCCUGGCCAUUAGUGUGGGGCUUUCCACCUGUGCAUUGUCAUACUUCCUUUCCUCCUGGAUGACCGUAUUCCUGCUCGUCCUUUCUUCCCUGGGCUUCGGAGUGGGUUCUGGCCUCAUGCAGCCUUUACUUUGGAGCCUGGUGAUGGAGAAGAGCGAAGCUAAACGCCGGGGCGCGGCCUUUGGCUUUCUGCACGCGAUGACUGUAUUCUCGGGAGUUCUUCAGAGUCAAAAUCCGUUCCUUCACGUCCAAGAGCUCAUCUGGGUGUGGCCGUUGGCUGCCUCUGGAUUCAACCUCCUCACAGGGGCCAUGUGCGCUUUGCGUGUCACUGACAGCUCCGUAAAGUCGGAGCCGAACCUUCCGAUGAUCCUUGGGCGUCGCACAUUCUGGGUUCUCGCUGUCCCGGCAGGUCUGUUGAAAGCUUCCAUUCCGGCGUUGACGGCCCAGAUUGUGAAUUAUUUUAAUUGGUUUCAUCCUUGGUAUUUCGAUCGAACGGUGGUCUUCAUUUACCACGGGCUGGGCCAAGUCAUUUCUGCAGUCGUUGGGGGCGUGGCCUUGGACGGCAUUGACUCAAACAGCCCCGUCACAGGCCCUCCGUCCGUGCUAACAGCUACUGCAAUCCUUCCCAUCAUCGUCAUUAGCGUCGGCUUCUUCGUCUUCGACAUCUUGCGGAACAGCUUCCUCGGCUCCCUUUUGCUCAGGCCGAUUGCGCUCGCGAUGGGUGCCUUCGGGGCUUGGACCUGGUUCCCGGUGGUGACAGGCAAAAUGCUCAGCGACAUCGCGCGGCCUAAGGCUUACAUCUAUCUCUACUCGCUUUAUUUGGCCGUGGUGGACAUCAUCUACCUUGUGGUCCACUAUGGUAUGGGCUGGUGGGACCAGACCAGGCCUGGCAUCAACGUCAUCGCAUCGCACGUCAAGCUCGGCAUCCUUCUGACCGUGAUGACCGUGCCGGUCUUCUUCGACUAUCCGGAGGAUCGGCAGGUUGUGGCGAGGGCAGUGCAAAUGGCAGAGGCGGACGGGGCUGGUACAGAGGAGCCUGCCGCAGAGACCACGGAGCCCGCGGAGCCCGCUCCCUGA